AUGUCCUACAGCAGCUCUGACGAUGAUAUGCCUCUUGCUAGGCCAAACGGAAACGUUUCGGCUGCAAAGGUCACCGCAUCGAUGGACAAGGCCCUCGAUCGAUCCGUACCCAAAACAUCCGGCGCUGGCGAAGGCAUCCUCGUCCCUCGUAAAAACUCGGACACGAUGGACCUCGACGGCGCUCUCAACAACAAGCGCAAAUCCCGCACAUCGAUCGCCAAGAUUGACUACAAGGACGACUCGGACAGUGACGGUGCCCCUCUGGCCAAGCGACAAAAAUCGAAGAAGGCUGUGGAGUCUGAUUCUGAUGAUGAACCCAUCAGCAAAUCAAAGUCUUUCAAGUCCGCCCCUCGCAAAGCAGUUAUGGACUCCUCCGACGAUGACAUUCCGCUAGGCAGCCUGGCUAAGAAGAAGGCAGCCAUCGAGAAUGCAGCCGCAAAAGAGGCGCAGGCCAUUCGUGCCAAGGAUGCGAAGAAGAAGGCGACACCGAGGAAGAGCAUCAAGGACGAGUCCGACGACGAUGCCCCUCUCGCGAAAUCGUCUGCGAAAAAGCGACAGUCGAAUGGCGUCGCCACCAAGCGAAAAUCAAAUGGUGUAAAGAAGGAGGAGUCCGAUUCCGACGCGCCGAUCUCGAAGAAGGCCAAGGCUGCCACAUCAGCCAAGAAGGGCAAGGUGACUCCUGCUAAAGAAGCGAAAAAAGCUGCCAAGGAAGAGGAAGAGGAAGAGGAGGGCUACGAAUGGUGGAAUGCACCCAAGCCUGAGGAUGAUUCCAUCAAGUGGCAAACACUGGAGCACAAUGGUGUUUUGUUUGCCCCUGCCUACGAGCCUCUCCCAAAGCACGUCAAGCUGAAGUAUGAUGGCCAAGACGUUACUCUGCCCCUCGAGGCCGAGGAAGCUGCCUCCUUCUGGGUUGCUAUGAUGACUCCUGCGUCGUCUCACCACCUUGAAAACCCCACGUUCCGACAGAAUUUCUUCGCCGAUUUCUCCGACAUCAUCAAGAAGGCAGGUGGCGCGAAGAAUGCGGCCGGUGAAAAGGUACCGAUCAAGAGCUUGGACAAGUGCGAUUUCACAAAGAUCUACGACCACUGGCUGGUGAAGACGGAGGCCAAGAAGAACAAGAACCUGUCCAAGGCUGAAAAGGAAGCUGCCAAAGCCGAGAAGGACAAGCUGGAGGCACCAUUCACUCACUGUCUUUGGGAUGGUAGAAAGCAAAAGGUGGGCAACUUUCGCGUUGAACCGCCUAGCUUGUUUCGUGGUCGAGGCGAGCACCCCAAAACUGGCCGUGUGAAGACGCGAGUCUGGCCCGAGCAGAUUACGAUCAACAUCGGCAAGCAUGCCAAGGUUCCGGAGCCGCCCAAGGGCCACAAGUGGAAGGCUGUUCAACAUGACCAAAAAGCUACCUGGCUUGCUAUGUGGCAAGAAAACAUCAACGGGGCAUACAAGUAUGUCAUGCUGGGAGCUGCCAGUGAUGUCAAGGGCCAGAGCGACUUCAAGAAGUUUGAAAAGGCUCGUGAACUGAAGAAGCACAUUGACAAGAUUCGUCGCGAGUACACCAAGGAGCUCAAGAGCGAAAUCAUGGCCGAUCGUCAGAGGGCUACGGCCAUGUACCUGAUUGACAAGUUGGCACUGAGAGCGGGUAACGAAAAGGAUACUGAGAAUGAAGCCGACACUGUGGGCUGCUGCUCGCUGAAGUACGAGCACAUUACUCUUGAGCCCCCGAACAAUGUCACUUUCGAUUUCCUGGGCAAGGACAGCAUUCGGUACAAUGAAACGGCCAAGGUCGACGCGCAAGUCUUUAAGAAUUUGAAGCUGUUCAAGAAGCCACCCAAGGCCGAUGGCGAUGACCUUUUCGAUCGCUUGACGACCUCUCAGUUGAACAAGCACUUGAACAGCUACAUGCAGGGUCUGACAGCCAAGGUUUUCCGUACUUAUAAUGCUUCCUUCACCAUGGCCACACUUCUCCGAAACCUGGAGAAGGACCCUCGGUCCAAGGGCACGAUUGCAGAGAAGGUCAAGUUGUACAAUGACUGUAACCGAGAGGUUGCCAUUCUCUGUAAUCACAAGCGUUCAGUUGGUGCUAGCCACGAGCAGCAGAUGCAGAAGCUGAGCGACCGUAUCAAGGGUUUGCGAUAUCAGCAGUGGCGUACCAAGAUGAUGAUGCUUGACAUUGAACCGACCCAGAAGAAGAAAAAGGGCGCUGCCUAUUUCCAACUUGACGAGGACAUUGACAAGGAAUGGGUCCUGGAGCACCAGCAAUUCCUUAUUGAAGAGCAGCGCACCAAGAUUACGAAGAAGUUCGAAAAGGACAACGAGAAGCGCAAGGCUGAUAAGGAAAGGCCGCUGCCCGAAAAGGAGCUUAAGGAGCGCCUCUUGGCUGUCAAGGAACUGGAGGCCAAGUUCAAAAAGGAGAACAAGACGAACAAGGUUGAGGCCGAAGGCCGCGGCCCAACCGUGGAGAAGCUCCUUGCGGCUGUGGAGAAGCUUGAUGACCGCGUCAAGGUGCUGGAGACGCAGGCCGAAGACCGCGAUGGCAACAAGGAAGUGGCCCUGGGUACUUCCAAAAUCAACUACAUCGACCCCCGUCUCACGGUUGUGUUUUCGAAGAAGUUUGACGUUCCCAUUGAGAAGUUCUUCUCGAAGACCCUGCGAGACAAGUUUAGAUGGGCCAUCAAGUCGGUGGAAGAUGCCGACGAUUGGGAGUUUUAA